AUGGCUCGCAUAUCUGCCGUUCUCGCCGCGGUGCUGGCGUUGAACCCGUGCCUUGGCGCAGCAUUCCCUCGGAGGCUUCUUGCCUCCAAAAUUCCCACCAGAGAUGUCCAAGAGGCCUAUGAUUACGUCGUAAUCGGAGGCGGCACGGCCGGCCUCACAGUCGCCGACCGACUGACCGAGGAUGGCAAGACCACAGUGCUUGUAGUCGAGUAUGGCGAGCUAAGCAAUUCGUCAUCAAUCACGACGGUGCAGGGCGGCUUCAUGGGCAUGUCCGAUACGGAACUGCUGUACAACAUCAACUCCGUACCGCAGACGAAUCUGCGCAACAGGAGCAUAGCCGUGCUGGCGGGCAAGGUGGUCGGUGGCAGCUCCGCCGUCAAUGCGAUGAUGACGGUGAGGGGCACUGCCGAGGACUACGACCGCUGGGGUGACUUCUUCGGUUCUGAUUCUCACUGGAGCUGGCGCGGGUUGCUGCCCUAUUUCAAGCGGGCCCUGAACUUUGUGCCUCCGGAUGAAGACGUGGCGAAAUCGGCCAACAUCACGUACGACACCAGGUUCUGGGGCAACACCUCAGGCGUGUACGCCGGGUGGCCGUCGUUCCAAUACCCCGGCACGACGGCCCAGUUGGACGCUUUCAGGGGCAUGCCGGGCGUUCCGUUCGUCAACGACAGCGGGUCUGGCGAGCCCGGCGUCUACUGGUUCCCGACCUUCAUGGAUCCCAAGCUUGUGGAGCGCUCAUAUGCCAGGACCGGGCAUUAUGAUAAUAAGGCAGCAAACCGGACCAACUAUCACUUGGUGACGGGUUCCAAGGUCACCAGAAUUAUCCUCAACGGCACUGUCGCCACUGGCGUCUCAUUUGUGCCGGUCACUUCGCUAUCGACAAAUCAGACCGUCCUCCCGACAAAUCAAACCGUCCUACCAACGACAGUGAAGGCGCGAAAGGAAGUCAUCCUCGCCGCGGGCGGCAUCCACAGCCCCCAGGUCCUCCAGCUCAGCGGGAUCGGCCCUCGGAAGCUUCUCGACUCGGCCAACAUCACCACGGUGGUCGAUCUGCCAGGCGUUGGCGCCAACUUCCAAGACCACGGCAUGAUCUUCGCGGCGUGGCAGUACCAGAACUACAGCAUCCACCCGUCGCCGGACGACCUCUUCCUCAACGACACCUUCGCGGCCUGGGCCUCCGCGGUCUGGUCCGCCAACCGCACGGGCCCCAACUCCAUCGCCAUCGGCAAUGCCGCCGCCUGGCUGCCCUUCCCCGUCAUCUCCCCGCGGGCCGCCAACCUCUCCGCCGCCCUGGCAGCCCAGAACCACACCGCCUACCUGCCCCCAGACACCGACCCCACCGUCGCAGCCGGCUACCGCGCGCAGAUGCUCGCCCUGGCCGCCGCGCUGACAAGCAACCGCACAGCCUUCUACAGCCUCGCGAUCUCGGGCGGCGCCGUGAGCGGCGGCUCGCUGGUGGCGCUGCACCCGCUGAGCCGGGGCACGGUCGCGCUCAACGCGACGGACCCGCGCGGCAGCGAGCCGCUGGUCGACUACCGCGCGCUGGCCAACCCGCUCGACGCGGCCGUCAUGGCCGACAUGCUGCGCUUCACGCGCGCGUACCACCUGGCCAACCCCCGCACGGCCGCGUGGAACGCCACCGAGCUCGCGCCGGGCAAUGCCACGGAGACGGAUGAACAGUUUGUGGAGUACCUUGCCGAAGCGCUCAGCCCGAGCGAGUUCCACCCGUCGGGCACGUGCGCGAUGCUGCCGCGGGAGCUGGGCGGGGUGGUGGAUGAGGAGCUGCGGGUGUAUGGCGUGACGGGGCUGCGCGUCGUGGACGCGUCGGUCUUCCCCACGCUGCCCGGGGCGAAUACCUGCCAGACGGUGUAUGCGGUGGCCGAGAAGGCCGCGGAUCUGAUACGGUACGGCCCUGCGGGCUUGCUAAAGGACUGA